GAACAACAACGAACUAGUCCACCUUCAACCGGGUGUAUUCUUUGGAUUAAACAACCUUCGAGAACUGGCACUAUUCAACAAUGAGAUUAUCGGCAUCGAUAAGGGAGUUUUCGACGGCCUGCAUGAAUUGCAAUUUCUGUAUCUGCAGUCAAAUAACAUUAGCGAUAUCCAGGUUGGAGCGUUUUCCGAUCUUCAAAACCUUAAAAUAUUGAAUUUGUCAUCGAAUUUGAUAAACACUUUACGAAGCGAAGUAUUCACAGGACUUCGGUCUCUUCAGUAUCUUCUCUUAACCAACAACCAUAUUCAUGUCAUCGAAGGUCAUGCUUUUGACUCACUAACGAAACUCGAGUAUCUGUUCUUUCUUGGUACUGAAUUGGGAGCUAUAGACUCUGACGCACUCACUGGUCUCAUAUAUUUGCAGAAAAUGUCGACUUCGGACAAUCGCCUGUGCUGUCUUCUUUCGGAUAAUACUACUUGUGCGAGGACAUCCCAGACCAGUCCCUUGGACACCUGUAGCAGAUUAUAUCCAAACUUGGCCUUGAGGAUUGCAGGAUGGGUCAUGGGUUUAUUGGCCAUAGGUGGCAACGGCGCCGUUCUCUUCAUCCGGACUCGGGAUAAAAAGAAACACAAAAAUAAGGUCCAGAAUACAAUGAUAAGCAGCUUAGCCAUGGCUGAUAUUUUGAUGGGACUCUACAUGAUUAUCAUUACGUCAGCAGAUCUGGAGUAUGGCAACAAGUUUUAUCUCAGCGCCCCUCAGUGGCGCAAUUCCAACUUGUGUCGGUUUGCUGGAUUUCUAGGGUUCUUAUCCAGCGAGGCAUCGGUUCUAACCCUGACUUUGAUAUCCAUUGAUAGGUUAAUAUGCAUUAUGUUUCCUUUCAAGCCAGAGUUUAAGAUUCGCCACAAGGGAUCUUUGAUUCUCGUUGGUGCAGCCUGGUCGUUCACUGUAUUGUUGAGUCUUGCACUGGUCAUUGUUACAUCAUACAGACCUGACGUGUAUGGACUUUCUGACGUAUGCCUUGGUCUACCGCUUCAUGUUGAGGUGGAAGACACUGGAGUAUUGGAAAUCAGUGGAGAUUUCUUCUUUGAGUAUAUGGUAAAUUACAGGAUCACUGAAGGUGAAUCCAGGCCUCCAUGGUUGUUCUCCAUCAUAAUUUUCAUUGGUUUCAAUCUUGUCUCGUUCACAUUCAUCUUAAUUUGUUAUGUUAUGAUCUUCAUCAAAUCCUCAAGUGCUUCAAAGAAUGUCCGCAAUAGCAAAUCCAUCAAGCAAGAGACUAAACUAGCUGUUCGUAUGGCGAUGAUCGUUGCUACUGACCUCGCGUGUUGGAUGCCAGUCAUCAUCAUGGGUAUCCUUUCUCAGACCGGUGCAGUCACCCUUGAUCCUUCCCUCUAUGCUUGGACAGUAAUUCUCAUCGUCCCUAUCAAUUCAUCAAUCAAUCCGUUCCUAUAUACCUUCAUCGUUUAUAUCGAUGGCAUGAAGGCGAAAAAGAAGACUUCGGAUAAAGACAAGAAAAUCAACUUAAAAAAGGUGAAAAACGAGCGCGGUGGGAAACAGUCUUCUUCUAUCACUAGCACUACCAAAGUAUCUGAAACAUAGCUUUAUAAUAGCUGACAUCAUUUCCCAAACUGAACCGAUCCCAACUGAGUUAUUUAAAAACUGAUGUCAAAUACAUUGAUGCGAGGAAUCAAAAACCGCCUUAAAUCUUUUAAUUUCUGGGCAGGACUUUCUGCAUUUAUUGGAAUAAUAUACAAAACUUAUUUACAAAUGUGUGAGACAUAAUCAUAAUAUGGCAAAAAAAUACAUUACAUAGUGACAAUAUUUUUGACUGGAAAAACAAAAAUACAAUAUAGAAAAAAAAAACGAUGCAGAGGCAAACUAUAUAUUAAAUAUAUGAUUGAAGUAUAGUAGCCAAAUUAACUGAUAUUGUAUCGUCAACUUAUUUUCCGGUCUAAAAAGAAGAAAAAAUACAAUAUAAAAAAGUAUUAUCAUCUACAACGAUUUAUCUGAGAGAAAUAAAUAAGGCAAUGGAGUGCGUUAGCAUCAACGAGAGACAACAGUACAGUUGUAUCAGCAUGGUCUCUCACGAGUCAGUGAAUGGGGGGACUAUUUGUUUAAGUUAUACUUCCAUAUUUAUAUAUUAUAUAAAGAAUGUAUGGUGACUCAUCUGUCGCCUACAUAUAUAGAAUGGCAAAUUUACAGAAACGUACAUUUAAAAUUAUUGUCCAUACAUCCAUGCAUCCAUGAUAUUACCUAUAUCUAUUUAUGUAAUUCGUUCAAAAUCAUGCGGUUCCAUGAUUUGUACAUGUAUCAAGUAAUAGGAUCCUGUAUUUAUAUAAUGCAAAUUGUAUUUUUAUCUCACUAAAUAUUUUAGUUUUGAAUUUCAGUAUUAAUAAACAUAGAACUAGAAAUGCAACUGGCUUUCAUAUUCCUGUUCACGUAGAGUUUUGUUUAAAAUAAACAUGUUAACACUUCAAAUUAUUUCCCUUCUUCAAUAAUUAUAGUUACAACCAUCUAGAGUUUUUAAAUAAAUGGUCAUUACUAAUUAUCACCUGAUAUAAGUUUAUUUUUAAUUUACUAUUAUUAUCAAACACUUGCGCCUUUAAACCUUUUAUGUUUUGUUUUUGUUUUUGUGCUAUAAUCUUAAUUAAAUCAGGUACAUCUCUAUUACUAUAUUUUUAUUCUAAUGUAAGGUAAGUCGUUUAAUGGUAACUUUUUCUUCCUGGCUGCUACCAGCCCAGCAAAAUAUUGUAUCAAUGUAUAUACUGCAUUUUUUGUAUAAUGAUGUCGAUGCUUUUUAUGUUUUUUUGUGAAAUAAAUUUAAAAUUGGGAUUUACAAAUAUAGAUGAAAAAAGUAAGGAAUGUAAUAUUUUACAAGAAGAUCACAAUGGUAAUACCAUCCAAAGUCCAUUUUGAAGCUCAUUGAGACGUUGAAGGAGAUAUAAAAUAAGCGGAUGUUAGACCGUGAUUGCUGAAAAUGUUAAGCAUAUGAUCGGAAGAAUUCGUGAAAAGGUGAAAAUUGAGAUUUGAAAAGGUGAAAACAUGGUGCACUCAAGAAAUUGCGUGUGAAUUAGAUGAAACAUACAUGUAUAUAUCAAGAAAUUUACUUUAUGUUGAUUACUUGCCUAUUUCCAUUGAGGUUUCCGCCAGUGUUCUGCAGCCUUUAUCACCGAUGUUACCCAAGAUAAUGUAAUGAGAAAUGGUUGGGUCGUCGACAUACGGCAAAUUGUUGCACCACGUUUUCCCCCAAUUUAAGGUCAAGGUGAUGUCCAUGAACCCAAUGUGAAUACGCUUGGACACCUCGAAAAGAUGUGGAGCACUGGCGAACGAUGUUGCAGAAAUUUAAUCCUUGGAGACCGUACAUUUUACACAGCACCUUAUUCUUUACAUAACCAUCAGUUGUCGGUACUUGACUAGAAUCAUAUGAACAGGAGCAAUAAAAUGUCCUAUUCAGCCUUGUCUUACGUUGCAAUUAACAGAAGCGGGACUUGCUAAAACUCCGACGCAGAAUUUCCGUUAUCUUUUAACAAAAUGGAAGCAAGACUUGUUCAUUGGAUGGCUUUGAAGUAGAAAUGCUUUUUUCAUAAAAUCAUCACCAAGCAAAUAUUGUGCUCUCGAUCCAGUUUCUAUGUGGAUGCUGAAGAAAUAUGUUUGCAGGGAUGAUAUUUAAUUUGAUUAAUUCUUCCUUGUCAUUUGCUCCAAUACCAAGAAUCUUCAAGGUUGCUCUUGUUACUCUUAUUGGUAAGAAGAGCACCCUUGAUCCUGAGUGUCUAGUUAACUAAAGACCGAUCUUCAAGCUAUCGUUUGUUUCGAAGGUUCUAGGGAGAGUCGUAUCUCACAGCCUCUGUAUCAUCUGAAAGGCAGUUGCCUAUCUGAUGAACUUCAGUCGGCCUACAAACCUGGACACGGUAUAGAAACUGCUUUAAUUAAAGCGUCUUGCCCUGAUCGAUCUCUCAGCAGGAUUAAAGCACUGUCGAUCACGAACUUUUUAUGAGAAUGAUGUCUGACCGUUUUGGAAUAUCUGGUGAUGUCUGUUACGGUUGCAGUCAAAUUUGUGGCCAUUUUUUACAGUAGGUAGCAGUCGGGAUAAAACAAAUUAAAGAUUAGAGUAUGGAUUGUGUUGUACCGCAUGGAUCUGUGUUGUGACUGAUGGUGUUUAUUGUGUGCUCAGCCCCUCUUUUAGAUACAUGUAUUGCGCUGUGUCACAGCCUGAGGUACCAUCUCUAUGCAGAGGACAAUCAACUUUAUGUGGUUCUCAAAGGAGCCAUUGAUCCAAAUGAUGCAUACAUUCCUCUUCAGAACUGUAUAAUCUAUGCAGAUAUGGAUAGAGAGAAAUUUCUUGAAAUUGCGAAGUCAGGAAAUAAAUCUACGCUCCACUUUUGCAUAGCAAGAACUUGUAAUAAACGAAGAUGACCUGCCUGUUUCCAAUUUCGUUCGGGAUCUGGGUGAAAUUCUCGACAAGAAUAUACAUAUUUCGGCUACCUGCAAAAGUGUAUUCUAUGACUUGCAAACAUAGCGAAGAUUAGCAGAUUAUUCUCCGAAUCAGAUGAUGAUGAUGAUCCACAGCAUUUGUCAUGUUUGUAUUGCGCCAUAUUUCUGUUAUAUACGCAGGCUAGUUAGAUUAAACUAAUGGCUUAAUUUGAUGAGACUGCGCCUAUGAAUAUUUUUAAACAGAAAUAUGGCGCAAUAUAAAUGCUGUGGAUCAUCACUUACUACACAUCUGCAGAAAUAAGUGACUUUUGAGAGACGAUUUGAAGAGGUCGGUGUUGUCAAUUUCUCGGAGUGGAGAAGGGAGGGAGUUCGAGAGGCGUUGGGGCAAUGAAUGAAAGGGCACGGUCUCAUAUCCCUUUAGUUGUGUGAUGGGUACAAUAAGAGCGACACCAGUUCCAGAUUACCACACUGCAAAAACUCCGGUGUUGGUUUAAUGCCAGCCCGGAAUCUAAAUAUGUCCACACCAGAGAAGUGUUAAACAACACCAGUUUCGUUUUGGUCAAACACCUGAAGGUGUUUAUACAACACCAAUUAGUAUUAAAACAACAUCGGUUUGAUUCCAAACUGGUGUUGUUUCAACACUUCUCAGGUUUGGACAUAUAUAGAUUCCGGGCUGGUGUUAAAUUAACACCGGAGUAUUUCAGUGCAGAUGCACGCAAGCCAGGAUGUAUACGGAGUUGUUCUAUUAGCAUGAUUAGGGUAGUAACAUAUCAUGGAGCUAAACCAUAGAAAUGCACCAAAAGUCAUCCACGUCCUUGUCACAUCGCGAGUGGACUGUUGUAAUGCGUUGCUUCCUGGUCUACCAAAUUUUUCGGCGUGGAAUCGCCGUGGUAUAGCGGUUCUGACUCUUGCCUUAUAAUCAGAGGGUCAUGUGUUCGAAUCCCACCAUGGCCUAGCGUCCUUUGGCAAGGCGUCUAUCCAAAAUUUGUCACUCUCCACCCAGGUGUUAAAUAGGUACCCGGUAAUAUGCCUAGCAAUUGGAACUCUCGUUGGAAUGAUCCCCAGGGAGUGGAGAAGGUACAUACAUUGUAUGCGGGCAUGCAAGGAUCCCAUGACCGGGGUAAUAAUAUAUCUGUUAAGCACUUAGAGACGUUUUGAUGUUUUAAGCGCUUUAUAAAUGCGGAAUAUUAUUAUUAUUAUUAGGACUAUAAAGAAUACUCAUCAACGCUGGCCGAUUUCUUAAAUGUGUAGGAAUACACGAACAUAUACUCCAAUAAAAAAAGAAUACACUGGUUUUCUGUGUCAGGAAGUAUUGAUUACAAGAUGCGGACAUUACUCUUCAAAUUUCUUCAUGAGGGACCUUCUUGCCAUUCAUGAUUUUCCACAGCUACAAACCACAAUAAAGUGAUCCAUCUAAGAAUUACAGGCUUUUAACUUUGUGACCCCGGUCAUGUAGAAUGGAAUUCCAACUUUUAUCAGGGAAUGAACAAUCUUCAGAUAUUCCAAUCAAUUGUCCUUGUAUCUGACAAUAUGCUUAUAUAUGUGCACAUUAGAGAUGUUUACUAUUAGUAUUACUAGUAUUAGUAUUAUCAUUAACAUGAUUAAUGCAUUGAGUUUCGUGAAAUAAGGCGUGUCUUAAUACAUUUUCAUAAGGCUCUAUUCAGAAUGAUAUGUCAUUAUUCGGGAUUCGAUUUUGGACACAUAUUUUCUUUUAAUGAAAUAAACGUUUUAACUCAU